AUGUCAGGAGUGAUGGGAGUAAUUACAGGCCGUGAGACAGGGAUGGAGGGGGUCAGUUGGGUUGUUGCGUUGGUUGGGUUGGUUGGUGGGUUCUGAUUCAGCUGUAGGCUUGGUCCUGGGUUUUUGUGGGACUCUGUAGAGUGGAUGGUGGUGGCUGAGAAAUUCCUGCCUUAGCUCAUGUAGCUCCUUCUGCAGGUCCUGCAUGUGGCUGGUGUUGACUGUUGGCGUAGUUACUGCGUAGUUACUGUUUCCUGCUGUAGCAAACUGGCUUAAAUUAAGAUCCUACAAGAUCCUGUAUUCAAAUAUUGGACGAUGCUACCCUUUGUAGUAAUUUUUGCUCACCAUUGUUGUCUAUACACUAUAAUGUAAUGUUUCCCCAGAGUGUUUGGGGCGGCCAUUUUCCUCACGUCCAUACUGAAUAUGUUCAUCCCGUCAGCAGCCAGGAGGCAAUACGGCUGUGUCAUGUUAGUCCGCAUCCUACAAGGCUUGGUGGAGGUGAGUCGUCUUCAGUGUUGCCGUAUUUCAUUGACACUUUCAUUGCCAAAUUUAAACCAAAUCUACUAAAUGUAGCCCAAUUGAAGGUGGCAACAUUAGUCAUCAUAAUUACUGAUACAUUUGACCAAGCUCAUAUACAGUACGGGGACACAAUUUAUAUCUGUAUUUCUUUAUUCAGGUUGAUUAUUUGACCAUUCAGAAUAAUUAUGCCCUGUAAUGUUUCCUCUACAGGGUGUUACCUACCCAGCAUGCCAUGGAAUGUGGGCCAAAUGGGCUCCUCCCCUAGAGAGAAGUCGACUGGCCACCACCUCAUUCUGUGGUAAGUGAAAUGAACACUAACCACAUUUCCAUCCACAGUUUUUAUGCGAGGAAAGUCAUACCGUAUUUUAAAAAUCACGAGAGCUGUGAUGGAAACAAGACUUUAAGGCACAAUUUUAUAAAUACAGACAGAUCAUUUGUUCAUUCGACAUGGUGGGAUCUUUUUGUUUCUGUAAAAUUAAUUAUGCGCGAAAUGGCGGUGUGCAAAUAUUGAUAAUAUGGGCCUCCACCAUCUUCCCCCUUGCAAAGAUAUCAAUAAUAGCCAUCAUAUCGAAGUAAACUUGGAGUCAUGCGAUGAUAUGGUGUGUGGUCCUCCCACUACGACUCAGGGAAACCAUGCAAUUUAUUAGGCUACAGAUGAAAUAAGUUAUGAUGAACUUCACAGGGUGGUGAAAGUGCAAAAAUCUAAUUCAUUCAGUAAAUCGAAUGGAUAUUCAAAAACUACCUUGCCUGCCUUUCUGUUGUACCCAUAACCACAGUUAACCCUAAUAGAUUAAAUGAAGCCAUUGAAUAGAUAUCUCAUUGCUGGACAGAUGCGCUGGGUGUCCAAGAUUAGAAAGGUUUGAGGCUCAAUAGGCUCUAAUUACCUACCCGUGAAUGUGCAUUCUUCACAAUCUCAACUCAAUGUUGUUGUUAGCAGUUGCCCCCCAAAAGUGUAUAAUCUGUGUUCAUUUGGCUGAGUUUACAAAAACUAUAUAUAUACCAUUAAUGUACUUACUACUCAUUACCAAGUGAAAUCAACCAAAAGAUGAGCUUCUACUUUAGUAAACUUUAUUGUAACAUGUAAAAAGACUACAAAAUAAUAAUGAUUUUUAUUGUUGGAUUCAUAAUUUGAUUAAUUAGAAUAAUCAAAGAUAUAGGCCUACUCAAUAACAUAAAAUAACCAUUUUAGUGGUGACUGAAAUCUGCAGCGUAUAGUAUGUUGAGCAACCUGGCUAGCUAGCUAGCUAAUUCAGAGAAAAUGGGAUUGUCUUUUUCUCCCCUUUUUAACAUUAUAAGUAACAAUGGAAAUCGACAACGUCUGUGUUUUCAUCUGUCUCUGUGUUUUCCAAUCCUGGAGUCUGAGACCUUGUGGGAAUAUAAUAAUAAUAAAUAAUAUGCCAUUUAGCAGACGCUUUUAUCCAAAGCGACUUACAGUCAUGCGUGCAUACAUUUUUGUGUAUGGGUGGUCCCGGGGAUCGAACCCACUACCUUGGCGUUACAAGCGCCGUGCUCUACCAGCUGAGCUACAGUCUGUGGCGGAGAAAAAGAAUGUAGCUACAGUAUAUGACAAUUUAGCAAAGACAAUUAGCCUACUAGCUAGCUAUCAACAGAGAUGGUACAGAAAACUUCCUCCAAUAUCUCUGCUAUCAUUAUUAUAUGUUUUUGUAGGGUUUAAGCCUAUAUCUAGACCUAGCUACCUAGUUAGUUGUUGUGUUAUCCAGCUACCAUAAUACUUAUAAUGGUGUUUGCUUACACUAAUAAGCUAGCUAGUGUUUACAUUGAAAAGGAACUAUUCAUAGGUGUGUUGACACAAGCUAACGCUAACAUGCUAGGUGUGUCUCACGUAAUACCCUUGGGUAUGGAUACCCUGAGAACAAGGUUCAGGGAAGAUAAGACCAUGAUCGAGCCCAGCUAGCUAGCUAUUUUCCAGCUGUAGGUAGCUAGCUAGCUAAAGUUAGCUGUCAAGGCAUGGAAAGUCUAUUCUGUGGAUGUUAACUAAGUUAGCUGUCUAACAUUAGCUAGCUAGUUUUUGGUAUUCUGCUGGAUGAUUUAGCAUAGGUAGAAUGCUAGCUAGCUAGCUAACUACCUAUGCUAAAUCGUCCAGCACAAUUUCUGUAUCCAAAAAGCAAAACAAAUUGCAUGGUUACAUGAUGAAAUAAGAGGUUGUUUUAUGACCAUUUUAAGUGCAUUUAUAAACCAUUAUUCAACCAAGCUUAAUAGGCUCACAAUUUGGCAAACACUGAAUGACUAUCCCCACAUCUUUUGCCAUAACUUUUUAUUAAUGUGUUAAAAAUGUUUGAUUGAUUCUUGAUAAAGUAAUUCACCCUUUGUCAAGCCCCGCCCUCCUUAGCUACUGUUGCUUUACAUGUCAAAUUCACCGUUAAACUAUUUAACAAUUUAAACUAUUUAUUUAUGUAAAACCCUGUUUUUGCCAUAGUGCUCAUGAGCUUCCAUGCAUUUCAAACGAAGGCAGGACCUGGGCCUGGACCUGGGCAUCAGACUCCAGAGCCCUUUAUAGCUUGUGUUGUGUCAAUGAGGUGGUUGGUUUUCAAUUGGCUAAUAUUUCUAAUGUGGUUUGUGCAGGCUGAAAAAUGGUGUGAAUUGAAUUGAACAUUUGUAACAAGCAUGGUAACAAGCAUUAGUUUACAUCUCUGUAAUUACAGACUGCAAUUACCACCAGUUACAUGUUGUUAGUACAGUGUAACGUUGAAUUAUUACAAUUAAUUACAAUACUUCUUACAGUGUAAUUACAUAUGUAAUUACACUGUAAUAAGGACCCCUUAAACUGAUGUGUUACCGAGGUGGUUUUGUUUUGCAGAUGUCGGCUGUUGUUCCCCCCUGAAAAUGCAUUAAAACAACCAUCUUUCAUAAUAAACUGGUGCCAUGACAACCGGUGCUUCCAAACCCUUUUGACAUCGCUUCUGAAUGAAAGAUUGCCCUCAAACGCUUUACCUGCUCACUCUGAAGGAGGUUGCUCCCCGGCCUAUUCAAAUGGAGAGUGUUUAUAAGGCCAUCAGAUAAUAAAAUAUACAUUAAAACAUCCUCUUCCAAGGACGGUGCCAAUGAAUCCUAAUUUGAUGAGUCCAAUAGGGUUGCUGUUGCAUGACAUUUACGCUUACUGAGAUGAUUCAUGUUUUUGCGACAUGUCAUACUUUUUUUCUAGUAGUACUUUUCUAGUGUUGAAGAAGAGUUGCUGAGGGGCUGAAGAGUAAUGAUAAUGUAAUAGUCAAAGCUUUUUUCAGUCGAAGCUACCUCUGGAUUGUUUUGAUACCUUGGCAUCACUACUUAGUGAUUUUCUUGGUUACCUUUAGAUGCUGACAGAAUUGAACUACAACAGUGGCAUGAUCAUGUUUUCCCUUUUCUUUAUUUCCAGGUUCAUAUGCAGGUGCUGUGGUUGCCAUGCCUUUAGCAGGUGUACUGGUUCAGUAUGUUGGAUGGCCCUCAGUCUUCUAUAUCUAUGGUAAGAUUCAAAAACUCAAUAUUAAAUUGUUAAAUUGCUAAAUUGAACCAAUGUGGAUUGUAUAGGUGUUUUUACAAUUCUUUCAUACAGGUAUGCAUACUAAGGUUUGCAUAUUGAGUUUUGGUAGGGAAAAUCAUUGAAAUAUAUGCACUGAAGUUCAGAUACUCUAGAUGGCGGAAAUUACCAAAGAUAGUGAUCUUUGUAAAACAGGGAGAUGACUAUGACCUAACUAGCAAUAGGGGGGAGAAACUGAGUUUUGAGUUGCAAAAUGUAUAUUCAGUCUCAACUUAAUUACUUAAAUGACUUAACAGCUUUCACAAGACCUGGCCCAACUAUGAUAAAGUAGGUGGGUGAUUCCCAUUUGAGCAACAUUCCAUGCAUUACACUAGGUGUCACUAGUGUGACAUGCAAAGCACCCUGGUCAUUAUGUCAUCAGUAUCACAUUUACAUUUAUAUAAUUUAGCAGACGCUCUUAUCCAGAGCGACUUACAAAUUGGUGGGACAACCACCUUCUUUUAUUUAUUUUUUUAUGGGGGGGGGGGGGGGUGGGAGGAGGAUUACUUUAUACUAUUCCAGGUAUUCCUUAAAGAGGUAGGGUUUCAAGUGUCUCCGGAAGGUGGUCAGUGACUCCGCUGUCCUGGCAUCGUGGGGGAGCUUGUUCCACCAUUGGGGUGCCAGAGCAGCGAAUAGCUUUGACUGGGCUGAGCGGGAACUGUGCUUCCGUAGAGGUAGGGGAGCUAGCAGGCCAGAGGUGGAUGAACGUAGUGCCCUCGUUUGGGUGUAGGGUCUGAUCAGAGCCUGAAGGUAAGGAGGUGCCGUUCCCCUCACAGCUCCGUAGGCAAGCACCAUGGUUAUGUAGUAGAUGCGAGCCUCAACUGGAAGCCAGUGGAGUGUGCGGAGGAGCAGGGUGACAUGAGAGAACUUGGGAAGGUUGAACACCAGACGGGCUGCAGCGUUCUGGAUAAGUUGUAGGGGUUUAAUGGCACAGGCAGGGAGCCCAGCCAACAGCGAGUUGCAGUAAUCCAGACGGGAGAUGACAAGUGCCUGGAUUAGGACCUGUGCCGCUUUCUGUGUAAGGUAGGGUCGUACUCUGCGAUUGUUGUAGAGCAUGAACCUGCAGGAUCGGGUCACCGCUUUUAUGUUAGCGGAGAACGACAGGGUGUUGUCCAGGGUCACGCCAAGGUUCUUUGCACUCUGGGAGGAGGACACAAUGGAGUUGUCAACCGUGAUGGCGAGAUCAUGGAGCGGGCAGUCCUUCCCCGGGAGGAAGAGCAGCUCCGUCUUGCCGAGGUUCACCAUUACACCAGUCUUAGAUUGUUCUCUAAUUUCUUUGCUUCGUCUGUUUUGUUGUUGUUUGAUUAAGAUAUUCACAAUCUCAUAAGACACUUUGUGCCUGCUGCGUUUCAAAAUCAUUUCUGUAGCUCUCUUGUGAUCUAAUCACAUGAUUAAUUGACUGAAAUGAAUGUUUUCCCGUCUGGGAUUCCUACAUUGUCAUUUUAUUUGAAUAUUGAAAGAUCCUUUAGGUCUAGAAUAGGUCAAGGCCCAGUUAUAAUUAGGCUGCCAUAUCACUUACAUGUACAUGGAGAUGGAUAGAGGGCGCACUUGCCACAAAGUCUGUUUAGCAUGGGCAGCACCAUUGGAAGGCUUUCAUAAUUUUAAAGUAGUCAAGUGGGGGGGACUUCCUAUGGGUUAGAAUUCCUUCCAAGUCAGCAGGAAAGAUGAGCCAAUGAAUGAGGUGUGCCGUCUUUCCAUCUCUGAUAUAUAACAAAGCCCUAAGGCGCGGUUUCUCUGACACACAUUAAGCCUAAUCCUGGACUAAAAAUCAUUUUCAAUGCAGAUUCCCAAUGGAGCUUGCUUUUUAGUGCAGGUACUAUACUUAAUCUGUGUCCAGGAAUCUGUCCCUAAAUGCUUCAUAAUUACAAUAUUAACCGUAAUCUGGAAAUCUAGUAAAAACAGACUAUUUUGUUAUACCCAUAUAACAAUAAGAGCGUUGCUGAUGACCUGUGUUGUUUAUUUCUGUGUAUUCAGGUGUAUUUGGGAUCAUAUGGUACAUCUUCUGGCUCCUGCUUGCUUAUGGGAGCCCAGCCGCCCACCCCACUAUAAGCGAUGAGGAGAGGAUCUACAUAGAGACCACCAUUGGCGAGGGGGUCAAAAUAUUGAGCGCCACUGAGGUAUGCUGCUGCUCACUCUGGCUGCUGUCAGAUACAUUAGCGUAGUAUAAUAAAGACUUAUGUUAUUUCAAAUAUCAUGCUCUUGUAAGUACUUAUAGAAGUUUUGUGACACAUAUCUAAAAUGUUAUCAAGCUUGACAAAUGAAAACAUUACCCGAGACUCAAGCCAGGUUAACAACAGUAGGCUACCUACCCUGAAAUCGGUGACACGCUUGAAAAUGAAAACAUAACCCAAUACAUAACCCAGGUUGACCCCUGAAAUUGAUCCCUGAGAUUGUCAGUAAGAUCAGAUCCCCUAUUUCUGGCCCACCACAGAAAUUCAAGACUCCAUGGCGUCGUUUCUUCACCUCAAUGCCUGUCUAUGCCAUCAUUGUGGCUAAUUUCUGCCGUAGCUGGACCUUCUAUCUGCUCCUGAUCAGCCAGCCGGCCUACUUCGAAGAGGUGUUCGGCUUCUCCAUUGGCAAGGUGGGUCUUCUCUGUGUGGUGUAGAUCUAAGAAGUCUCUUUGCAAUUUGUUAUCCAUAGUAAAUGGGACAACACUCUCAUUAUCAUAAGACUCAAGUGGAUCAUAAUAAAUUUUCAAUGAUGUCUUACAUAAGAGAAAGUACAGUAUGUUAGAGAAAUGUUUGACAUAAUACUGAAAAUAAAAUGUAUAAAUGAACUGCAUGACACAUGUAUCUACAGUAUAAUCUAGAGCACUGUUUACCAAACCUCUCCUUGAGUACCCCUAGCCUGUCCACGUAUUUGAUGUGUUCCAGAACUAGCACAGCUGAUUCAAAAGGUCACCUAAUCCUCAAGCUCCUCAUUAGUUAAAUCAGCUGUGCUAGUUCUGGAAUACAUGAAAUAGGAAGACUGGCUGGUGGUACUCAAAGAUAGGUUUGGGAAACACUGGUCUAGAGCAACGUUUCCCAAACUCGGUCCUCGGGACCCCAGGGGGUGCACAUUUUGGUUUUUGCCCUAGCCGAUUCAAAUAAUCAACUCAUCAUCUAGCAUCACGCUCUUAAAACAAUUUCUGAGUGUUGUCUUGUUCCUCCUCAAAGGUGGGGCUUCUGUCUGCUGUUCCUCACAUGGUGAUGACCAUCAUAGUGCCAAUCGGUGGCCAGCUGGCCGACUUCCUACGCAGUCGUAAAAUCUUGUCAACUACAAACGUCCGGAAAAUCAUGAACUGCGGAGGUAUAGUACCCAGGACAGAAGGACUUCAUUUCCCUUACAUUGUGCAUUCAGUGCCUUCAGAAAGUAUUCAUACCCCUAGACCUAUUCCACAUUUUGUUGUGUUACAGCUUGAAUUUAAAAAGGAUUAAAAGGAUCUGUCAAAUUGGUUGUUGAUCAUUGCUAGACAACCAUUUUCAGGACAUGCCAUAGAUUUUCAAGUAGAUUUAAGUCAAAACUGUAACUUGGCCACUCAGGAACAUUCACUGUCUUCUUGGUAAGCAACUCCAGUGUAGAUUUGGGCUUGUGUUUUAGGUUAUUGUCCUGCUGAAAGGUGAAUUUAUCUCCCAGUGUCUGGUGGAAAGCAGACUGAACCAGGUUUCCCUCUAGGAUUUUGCAUGCUUAGCUCCAUUCCAUUUAUUUUUUAUCCUGAAAAACUCCCCAGUCGUUAAAGAUUACAAGCAUACCCAUAACAUGAUGCAGCCACCACUCUGCUUGAAAAUAUGGAGAGUGGUACUCAGUAAUGUGUUGUAUUGGAUUUGCCCCAAACAUAACACUUUGUAUUCAGGACAGAAAGUUAAUUGCUUUGCCAAUUGGUUUUUCAGUAUUACUUUAGUGCCUUGUUGCAAACAGAAUGCAUGUUUUUGAAUAUUUUUAUUCUGUACAGGUUUUCUUAUUUUCAUUCUGUCAAUUAGGUAAGUAUUGUGGAGUAACUACAAUGUUGUUUUCUCCUAUCACAGCCAUUAAACUCUGUAACUGUUUUAAAGUCACUAUUGGCCUCAUGGUGAAAUCCCUGAGCGGUUUCCUUCCUCUCUGGCAAAAGAGUUAGGAAGGACACACGUAUAUUUGUAGUGAAUGGGUGUAUUGAUAAACAAUCCCAAGUGUAAUUAAUAACUUCACCAUGCUCAAAGGGAUAUUCAAUGUCUGCUUUUUAUUUUAUUUUUACCCAUCUAGGUGCCCUUGGAAAACCUCCCUGAUCUUUGUGGUUGAAUCUGUGUUUGAAAUUCACUGCUCGACUAUGGGACCUUACAGUUAAUUCUAUGUGUGGGGUACAGAGAUGGGGUAGUCAUUAAAAAAAUAAUGUUAAAAACUAUUAUUGCACACAGAGUGAGUUCAUGCAACUUAUUAUAGGAUUUGGUAAGCAUAUUUUUACCAUAACAAAGGGGUUGAAUAUUGACUCAAGACAUUUCAGCUUUUCAUUUUUAAUUAAUUCGUAAAUCUUUCGAAAAACAUAAUUCCACUUUGACAUUAUGGGGUAUUGUGUGUAGGCCAGUGACAAAAAAUCUCACUUUAAUCCUUUUUAAAUUCAAGCUGUAACACAACACAAUUUAGAAAAAGUCAAGGGGUGUGAAUACUUUCUGAAGGCACUGUGAUUUCCUCUUAGGUAGGGCAUAAAACUAGCCGAUAUUGCAAGACUCCAUACUUUCUUAUAACCAUUAUGGCAUGUUCUUCUACCAAUGUUCAUGAUUUUUUUAUUAGAUUUUUUUACAUUUGUGGGAUGUUGUCACGCUAAAGUAACGUUAACUGGAAAAAAAAUAGGGUCUCCCUUGGAACGUUACCUAAUGUUGUAGGAAUGUUCACUGUUUGCUGGGUAUGAUACUGUAUCAGGUCUGAUAAAGCUAGUACAGCAUUGCAUACCAAUCAGGAUGUGGUAAGGUAGCCUUUGAUCUUUGUGUGCCCUGUGACCCCUGCAGGUUUUGGUAUGGAGGCCACUCUGCUGCUGGUGGUGGGGUUCAGUCACACACGUGGUGUUGCCAUCUCCUUCCUGGUGUUGGCUGUGGGCUUCAGUGGCUUUGCCAUCUCGGGUAUAAAGCUUCAGUUCAGAGCAAUUUUAGAUGUAUUUACGUUUAAUAUGUUUAAUUUAUGUUUAAUAACCUUAUUCAGUCGAAUUAGGUUACAAACAUCAUUAUUUGUGUGUUUCUGUUGUAAAGUUGUGAAACCAUGAAUAAAUGUUUAGUCUGGAGAUGUAUCCUUCUGUUACUGCUGCAGAACUAUGUUUGAUAAGCCUCAGUUCAAGAUUCAAAGUUUAUUCACCACGUGCACAGAAUACAACAGGUGUAAAACAGUACAGUGACAUUAUUACAUUGAGAGCUCUUUCUGAACAAUGCAGUGAUAGUAAUAAUAAUAUAUAAUAAUACAUGAAUAGAAUAUUUUAAAAAACACAAAAAAAAAACAAGAAGUAUGAUAUAAGUUGAAGCAACACGAGAAUGUUAGUAUAUACAGGUCAGUGCCAGUACCUUUUUCAAUGUGCAGGGGUACUGGAGUGGUACGAUGAGUUGUAUGAGGUUUUCUAUCUGUUGUAUAAAGUUUACCUUUUGCUCUGCUGUGAGCAAUUUCUCUAUUGCACCCUACAUUGGCAAAAAGCAGCUGAAAGCACAUUGCAGUAAUUCAUUUACAGUGAGGGAAAAAAGUAUUUGAUCCCCUGCUGAUUUUGUACGUUUGCCCACUGACAAAGAAAUUAUCAGUCUAUAAUUUUAAUGGUAGGUUUAUUUGAACAGUGAGAGACAGAAUAACAACAAAAAAAUCCAGAAAAAUGUAUGUCAAAAAUGUUAUAAAUUGAUUUGCAUUUUAAUGAGGGAAAUAAAAAUCAAAUACUUUUUUCCCUCACUGUAUAUACCCUACCCCUCAUACCUUCACUAUGGCACUUUCCUAGAAUAUAGACUGUUGGCAGAGCAAGCAAGAGUUAGACAGAUAUUUAGUGUUUUCCUCUUGAAUUCAUACAUUACAUUACUAUUUGGCUAAAUUGUUAUUUAUUAAUCCAAAUGGAUGAUCCAAAAGGAAAAUUUGAAUAGUGACAGCAUGAAUAGUGUGUGGUAUUCAGUGUCUAAUAAUAAAUAAUACAUAGGGUUUAUGUAGUGCUUUUUAAUUACCCAAAUAUACUUUGACAGUGGCAUAAACAAUUUAUACUGAUGGACUGUACUUGUUACUGCAUCCCCAGGGUUCAAUGUAAACCACUUGGACAUUGCCCCUCGCUAUGCCAGUAUCCUAAUGGGCAUCUCCAAUGGCGUUGGCACACUGUCUGGAAUGGUGUGCCCCCUCAUCGUUGGAGCACUGACUAAACACAAGGUACUGUAACAUUCAACAUUACAGACAAAUUCUAACAGCUCUCAAUGAGAUUAGCAAAAUGAGCCAGGAUAAGACUACGGCAUCAAUAUUAAGAAGUCCCUUAGUUGUCAGGCGAAACUCCCCCUGAGGGACUUCCUAAUAUGAAUACCGUAUAGGACACGAGUAACACGACUGGUCACCGAGACAAUGAGAUACUUAUUUUACAACAUUGUCAAUCAAAUCAAACAUUAUGUCAGACAAGUGUGACAGUUUGGUCACUGAGUCAAGUCUUUCUCCCUCUGUAGACCCGUCUGGAGUGGCAAAACGUGUUUGUGAUUGCCGCCAUGGUGCACUACACGGGGGUCAUCUUCUAUGCUAUCUUCGCCUCGGGCGACAAGCAGGACUGGGCCGACCCGGAGAGCACCAGCGACGAUAAGAUCGGCAUCAUCGACGAAGACGAGCUGGCCGAAGAGACGGAGCUCAACUGCGAGAUUGCCAUGGCACCGAAGAAGAGCUAUGGAACCACAGAGAACCCGUCGGGUUGCAAACAGGGCUGGAAGAAGAAGAGAGGAGUCACCAUGCAGGAGGAUGAGGAGGAUGGGAACUCCCACCAUAUUAAUGGUAACUACCAGGAGCAGUAUCAGUGA